GUGGCGGCGGCGGCGCUGGUGCGGGCUAGUUCGGCGGGUGCAGGUCCCGGCCUGCGCCUGCGGAAAACUCGGGCGGAGGGUCGGAGCGGGCGGUGCUCGCGACAGGCUGCGCUUCGCCAUGGUGGGCGUCCCUGGAGCGGCCGCCUUCCAGCUUGGUUGUGAGAAAAGGGUGCCAGCAAUGCCUGGAUCGCCUGUGGAAGUGAAGAUACAGUCAAGAUCCUCACCUCCCAUCAUGCCACCCCUCCCACCAAUAAAUCCUGGAGGACCGAGGCCAGUGUCCUUUACUCCUACAGCAUUAAGCAACGGCAUCAACCAUUCCCCUCCCACGCUAAACGGUGCCCCGUCACCACCACAGAGAUUCAGCAAUGGUCCUGCCUCUUCCACAUCAUCUGCACUAACAAAUCAACAGUUGCCAGCUACUUGUGGUGCUCGGCAACUCAGCAAGUUGAAACGCUUUCUCACUACUCUACAACAGUUUGGCAAUGACAUCUCACCUGAGAUUGGAGAAAAGGUCCGGACUCUUGUGUUAGCAUUGGUGAACUCAACAGUGACAAUUGAAGAAUUCCAUUGCAAGCUCCAGGAGGCUACAAACUUUCCCCUUCGUCCAUUUGUGAUUCCAUUUCUCAAGGCCAACCUGCCCCUGCUGCAGCGAGAACUGCUGCACUGUGCCCGGGCUGCCAAGCAGACCCCGUCCCAGUACCUGGCCCAGCACGAGCACCUUCUGCUCAACACCAGUAUCGCAUCUCCUGCUGACUCUUCUGAACUGCUUAUGGAGGUUCAUGGAAAUGGAAAGAGGCCGAGUCCAGAAAGGAGGGACGAGAAUAACUUUGAAAGAGAUACAGUUCCUCCUGAACCUCCGGCCAAGAGAGUGUGUACUAUCAGCCCUGCUCCUCGGCACAGUCCUGCUCUCACUGUUCCCCUCAUGAAUCCCGGGGGCCAGUUCCAUCCUACUCCACCACCUCUCCAGCACUAUACUUUAGAAGACAUUGCAACUUCUCACUUGUAUCGGGAACCAAACAAGGUGCUAGAACACCGAGAAGUCCGUGAGAGGCACCACAAUCUUAGUCUCAAUGGAGGUUAUCAAGAUGAGCUGGUAGACCACCGUUUGACAGAAAGGGAGUGGGCUGAUGAAUGGAAACAUCUUGACCAUGCCCUGAAUUGCAUUAUGGAAAUGGUAGAGAAAACGAGGCGCUCUAUGGCAGUUCUGAGACGCUGUCAGGAAUCUGAUCGUGAAGAACUCAACUAUUGGAAAAGGCGGUUUAAUGAAAACACAGAGUUGAGGAAAACUGGGACUGAGCUGGUUUCUAGGCAGCAAAGCCCAGGGAGCACAGAUUCUCUCAGCAAUGAUUCUCAGCGAGAAUUCACCAGUAGGCCAGGAACAGGAUAUGUGCCUGUGGAGUUUUGGAAGAAAACAGAAGAAGCUGUGAAUAAGGUGAAAAUUCAGGCCAUGUCAGAAGUACAAAAGGCUGUAGCUGAGGCAGAACAAAAGGCCUUUGAAGUGAUUGCAACUGAGAGAGCCCGAAUGGAGCAAACCAUAGCGGAUGUCAAGCGGCAGGCUGCAGAAGAUGCUUUCCUGGUCAUCAAUGAACAAGAAGAGUCCACAGAGAACUGCUGGAACUGUGGCCGAAAAGCCAGUGAGACGUGCAGUGGCUGCAAUAUUGCUCGCUACUGUGGUUCCUUCUGCCAGCAUAAGGACUGGGAGCGGCACCACCGCCUCUGUGGCCAGAGUCUGCAUGGCCACAGUCCCCACAGCCAGAACCGGCCACUGCUCCCUGGAGGGCGGGGCUCAGCCAGGUCUGCUGACUGCAGCGUGCCCAGCCCAGCCCUGGACAAGACAUCAGCUACCACCUCACGUUCCUCAACACCUGCCUCUGUGACAGCCAUCGAUGCCAAUGGACUCUGAGCCACAGACUCCACCUACCCUGAUGACCACUCCACAUGGCAGAAUGCAUGUACCAGGGAGCUGACGAUUAGAAGAACUAGCUGUUGGGUCAUCAGCAAGAAAUGAAGUGACAGGAAGCAUCCAAGAGGCGCUGCAUAGCUUCUCUGGGAUUUGCCAGGUGUCCUUGGAAGAACUAGUGUAUCAUUCUCUGCACACAAGACGUAGCUCAAGCUGCCUCCUCCAUGGCUUUCCAGAUGUUUCUCUUCCAGCUGAAGCUGGCAUACCCAUCCCCUUCUCAGUGUAUACCACCAGCUCCCUCCUACUCCUUGCAUCAGACUGUCAGUAAGGUCCCAGCAGGCACUUGUGUCUCACACCAUCCAUAAUAGAGGCCUGAAGACUGGUAGGCUGAGGAGGCCCUUCCUCCUCCUGCCUCCAGACAGUUACCUGAGCCCUACGUCUACCCUCAGGUAACACUGAUUGGCCUAACAAAGACUUGGGGAACAAAAAAAUCAGUACUCAGGAUUCCUUCCUGAGCCAUCAAACCUGUUAAUAUACUCAGAAAUGCAAGAAAGUCACCAUUUCAGUAAAAUCUCCAGUAAUGAUUAAAAAAAAA